UUUUCUAUUGGCUCGCAGUUCUGUCAUCAUCCAAGAAUGCGGAAGUCGUGAGUCUACUGAGUCACCGUUGUGUCAGCUGAUUCUUUCUGAGAACCAUUGCUGGCACAGCAGAGCCCAGUAGACUGGAGGAGAGGGAGGGAUCUGAAGAGGAGCGCCCAGACCGACUGUCUACAACACCGGCAGGCAGCAUGGGUGAAGAAGGGCCUCCCAGUCUGGAGUAUAUCAAGGCCAAGGACCUGUUCCCCCAGAAGGAGCUGGUGAAGGAGGAUGACAGCCUUCAGGUGCCAUUCCCAGUUCUUCAGGGGGAAGGGGUGGAGUAUCUUGGUCAUGCCGAUGAAGCCAUUAUUGCCAUUUCUAACUACCGGCUCCACAUCAAGUUCAAGGACUCUGUCAUCAACGUGCCUCUCAGGCUGAUUGAGAGUGUGGAGAGCAGAGAUAUGUUCCAGCUGCACAUCAUCUGCAAAGACUCCAAAGUUGUCAGAUGCCACUUUGCAACGUUCAAGCAGUGCCAGGAGUGGGUGAAGCGUCUGAACCGGGCCAUAGCUCACCCGUCGAGGCUGGAGGACCUGUUUGCUCUGGCUUAUCAUGCAUGGUGUCUAGGAGGCAGCGCUGAUGAUGAAGACCAGCACGUUCAUCUCUGUCGCCCUGGUGACCACGUGCGUCAGAGGAUGGAGAUGGAGGUGAAGAGGAUGGGCUUUGACACACAGAACGUCUGGAGGGUGUCCGAUAUAAACUGCAACUUCAAGCUGUGCUCCAGCUAUCCUCAGAAGCUUCUGGUGCCAAUCUGGAUCACAGACAAGGAGCUGGAGAGUGUUGCUUCCUUCAGAUCCUGGAAGAGGAUCCCUGUGGUGGUCUACAGGCACCAGAAGAAUGGGGCAGUGAUCGCCCGUUGCAGCCAGCCUGAGAUCAGCUGGUGGGGCUGGAGGAACACCGAUGAUGAGUACCUGGUGACAUCCAUCGCUAAGGCCUGUCAGAUGGACACCGGAGCCAAGGUCACCUGUGGAACACCUGCCUGCCGACAGCGUGGUGAAGCUCCAGACUCCUGCGACAGUGAUUUUGACUCCUCUCUGACGGGCGGAUCCGGCUGCGAUGACAACACUGUGCCACACAAGCUGCUGAUUCUGGAUGCUCGCUCAUACACUGCUGCAGUGGCUAAUCGAGCCAAGGGCGGAGGCUGUGAAUGUGAAGAGUACUACCCAAACUGUGAGGUGAUGUUCAUGGGAAUGGCCAACAUCCACGCUAUCAGGAACAGCUUCCAGGCUCUGAGGACUGUCUGCAGUCAGAUCCCCGAUCCAGGAAACUGGCUGUCGGCACUUGAGAGCACCCGUUGGCUGCAGCAUCUGUCCGUCAUGCUCAAAGCAGCGACUCUGGUGUGUUCGGCGGUGGAGAGGGAGGGUCGUCCUGUCCUGGUUCACUGUUCAGAUGGAUGGGAUCGCACACCUCAGAUUGUUGCCCUCUCCAAGAUCCUGCUUGACCCUUACUACAGGACAUUAGAGGGUUUCCAGUUGCUCGUAGAGACGGAGUGGUUGGACUAUGGUCAUAAGUUUGGGGACCGCUGUGGUCACCAGGAGAACGCUGACGACGUGAGCGAACAGUGUCCUGUCUUCCUGCAGUGGUUGGACUGCGUUCACCAGCUGCUCAAACAGUUUCCCUGCCUGUUUGAGUUCAACGAGGCCUUCCUGGUUAAGUUGGUGCAGCACACGUAUGCCUGUCUAUACGGCACUUUCCUGUGUAACAACGCUCGAGAGAGGGAGGCCAGGAACAUCUACAAGCGCUCCUGCUCUGUGUGGUCUCUGCUCCGGAGUGGAAAUAAGAACUUUCAGAACUUCCUGUACAUCCCCAGUCAUGACUUGGUGCUGCAGCCAGUCUGCCACACUCGAGCAUUACAGCUGUGGACAUCUGUCUACCUGCCCACCUCCUCCCCCUGCACAGCUGUGGACGACUCCAUGGAGCUCUACCUCCCCCCCAGUGUCACAGGAGACGAACUCACCUCCCGCUCCCUAGACAGACUUCCCAAAACACGCUCUAUGGACAACCUGCUGUCAGCUUUGGAGAACGGGGUUCCUCUGACACGCACAUCCAGUGACCCUAAUCUCAACAAGCACUGCCAGGAGGGUCGCUCUCCCCCAGAUCCCUCACCAGCUGCAGAAGACACGCCUGCAGUCGUCUCCGAUGAGGCUGUACAAGAGAAUGGACUGGACAGCUGCGUGGAGGAACCUCUUCCUCAGAGUCCUACAAAGACCCCAGAGAUUGUCCCAGAUGAAGAGAGUGAAGACACACUAGAGGAGACCUGCCUCACCACACAGCCUCUUCCCUCGUUGUCCCUUCCUCCUGUCCCUCCCAGUCAGGACGUCACACUCACUCACACUCCUGUACUCCAGCAAGCUUUGCCUCAGAUCACUAAUUCUCCACUCCCACCACCGCCUCCCCCUCUACCUGAGGCUGAGAGCCCUUGUAGGACUGCUGAGAGCACCAUGUCACCCUCCCAUAAAUCAGAGCCAUGUUUACCUCUCCCCUGCAAUGGCUCACAGCCUGCAGUCCCCACCCCCAUCUCGCUGCUUAACGGCCACACUGACGGCCUCGCAGAGUCUGACGGCCUCGCAGAGUCUGAAAACCUGGCGGCUCUGAAGCAGCUCACACCACUUCUUCCUUUGGAGGACUCCACUGAGACCCUCACUGGAGAGGGAGAGCUUCCUCCAGUCCUGCCUCCAACAGUAAGCCAGGAUCUCACCCAGACCCACACUGAUGAUGAUGAUGAUGAUGAGGAGGAGGAGGAGCAGCUUGAGUCAAAGCCACAGCUUCAGAUCCAGAAGGAGAAAGAGGACAUGAGGACAGAUGUAGUGAAAGCAAGAGAGCGUAUGUUGACAGGUCCUGUCGAUUGCGCCCAGGUAGCAGCUCGCCAUCUGAUUUCCCAGAGCCAGCUCUCAGACCUGUCUCUGCUCGGCUCCCACUGGGAGAGCGUCCAGGGUCUGGUCCAGUCAGCUCACUCUGGCAUGGGCCGAGCCUUGCAGAACAACACUUACCAGAGCCGGCGUCUUGCCAAUAAGCUGCUACGCUCGCAGGGCUUCUCCCUCGCCAACGGGUCCCAGUGUUGCCGCAGAGAGGCUCUCUGUUGUCCCAGCAGCCCUCUGCAGCCUGCAUGGUUGUCUGCUGCCAGGACCACAGGCUUCACCGGCCUGUGUGGACCAGCUGCUGCGGCUGCCGUCCUCAAUGGCUACUCCCUAGCAGGCCAUCAGGUCCUACCUGCGUCGUUUUCUUCCCCCUCAGCCUCCAGCUCCCCUCCCCCUCCUCAGGCCCCAUCUUACCUGGAUGACGAUGGGCUACCGGUGCCGAUGGAUGCCGUGCAGCAGAGACUGCGGCAGAUCGAGGCAGGCUACAAGCAGGAGGUAGAGGUGCUGAGACAGCAGGUGCGACAGCUGCAGAUGAGGCUGGAGAGUAAACAGUACGGCACCCCUCCCUCAGAGCCAGACAUCGACUACGAGGACGACAUUACGUGUCUGCGUGAGUCUGACAACAGUAACGAGGAGGACUCUUUGUCCACCCACAGUGAGGACCGUCUGUCUGAGGGCAGCUGGGACCGAGUGGAGCCCAGAGACACAGAGGUCACGAGGUGGGUUCCCGACCACAUGGCGUCCCAUUGUUUCAACUGUGACUGUGAGUUCUGGAUAGCCAAGAGACGUCACCACUGCAGGAACUGUGGCAACGUGUUCUGUAAAGACUGUUGUCACCUGAAGCUGCCCAUCCCUGACCAGCAGCUGUACGACCCCGUGCUGGUCUGCAACACCUGCCACGACCUGCUCCUGGAGUCCCGCACCCGCGAGAUCCGCAGCCAGCAGCUCAAGAAGGCCAUCGCCACCGCCUCCAGCUGAGAGAUGAGUCGUGCAGCUUGGCCCACCUCGGCUCUGUCCUGCUUUACGGACCGGUGAGCCGAGCGCCUGUUGUGACCCUCAACCUGCUAUGGUUUUGGCUGCGGAGGGAGGAAGAGGAGGCAGAGUCUUCACUCUUUUGGAGGCUUGGUUUUGAGACGGAGACACACUGUGAGAAAGUCUGGGACGGAAGAGUCAGCGGGGGAUUAAAAACCCUUCUGCUCAGAGACUUUUUCAGCCUGGAGCGCUGCAGCGUCCGGCUGCCUCCACACGGCUCAGUCCUCUAGUGGUGCCCCGUCUGAGACACACCUCCAACAUGUCCACCCCCCACAGAGUCGCCCACCUCUAGCACCAAACACCUACACCCUCCUCACAGACACUGUCUCGCACCUCAGAGGACAAUCGCUCACUCUUUCGGCGUGUCUGAGACUCCAAAGCCUUUCCCUGUACUACUGGAGGCUUUCAACUUUAAAAGAAAAGAAAAUUGCUGCUACAGUAUUUAAAAGUCUAAUUUUGUAUUCUUAUUUUGUGCACUACUAGCUGUCGUGUGUUUGAGGGAAUCUGAGACCAAACUUGAGCAAAAAGGGAGAAAUCUGCUGUUUACUUUGCCACCGCAUCUUUUUUCUUGGAGCCUGAAUGUAAAAUGUAACGGGGGUUUAACUGGAUGGACUUUAUGUUCCUGUGCAUUUGAUUGGUUGUAUAUGUGUUCAUUGCUGCAAUGUGUUUUUAAAGAGUUCUGUACAUGCACAGUCUAUGUGGUUCCGUCUUUAUCAAUGCUUUCCUGCAGUAUAGCCAUGUUGCUACAUUCUGGGGGCUGUGUGUGGACAGACGGAUGCGGUGCAGCGUGUUGUUUGUUUUGUGGGACGUGUGUUUGAUGUGUGAAGAGGAAGAGAAGAAGAAGAGGAUGCUGGGAGACGGCAGAUUUUCUGUAAAGUUGUUUUUCCAAUGUGAGAAAAUGUGAUUGAAAGUGCAGUGGGAGUUCCUUAAAGGUUUCUCUGCUGAGAUGUUUGUGAAUGAACGGCUCGUUGUCCACCCGACCGAUGACUCCUCCUCAGAUUGUGAAGACUGAACAGUGCUCGGGGUUUCUCGUUCUGUUUCGGGGCGUUUGGCCACAGUCCCCCCUUUAAAAAAAAACUGUGUUUGUGUCUGCUGGUUGUUCUUUGAGACAAUAGUGCCAUAUUUUGUUCUGUCUAUUUUUCAAGCCUUUUUUCUUUCUUACAGAUGGCAGCAGGUUUCUAAUUGGCCACUUCUCUCUAUGUUUCAAUGGUACAGAUAGUUAGCUGCUUAAUAACACUGAGACGACUAAAGAUUAACAGAUGGUUCAGUACGAUGAUCAGACGUCACUAAAUUAGGAGGACUGUGUGUCUAAUAUUUCGGAUUUUUUUUUU